AUGUCGUGCCCGAUCAUUGGAACAACGAAUGACACGCUUCCUCCAAAUCACCCCUCCAUAGACCUCAGCAAGGACGGCCAAACGUGCCCCGUCGUAGGCGCAACAACCGACCACCACCACAACCUGCACUCACACCCCCCGGUCCCCACCAACGAGACGACCGCAACCGCGUGUCCCGCCCUCAAGAACAAUAUCGUAAAGCAGCCACGCGCUCAAGAAAUGGACGACGCUAUCUGCCCCAUAGUUGGUGUAGCUACUACCGUCUUACCCCCAGAUCACCCGGAUAUGCUCAAAGCGAACGAGGGCGACGUCUGCCCUGUUACCAAGGCGACGGUCGGACACCACAAGGAUAAGGUUGCUACGCAUCCGAGUGUAGAGGCUGCUAGGGAUGGUGCCGUGUGUCCUGUCACGGGACAGAGACAGCAGCUUGCGUAG